AUGGCUAAUACGUUCUGCUCUUCCAAUCUUCUUGCUCUGUUAUUCUCCUUCUUUUUCUUGUCUCUCUUUGUUGAUUCACUUUACUUUCAAAAGUCUGGAUUUAGUUCUGACGACACCGAUAUCCUCUACUUGGGAUCUGCAGGAUCUCAAGUUGGUACUAUUAUAUUCAACAUGAAUGACAAGUACACUUGUCAAGUAGGAUGGGCCAUCUAUGCUAGAAGGGUGAAACUUUGGGACUCAAGCACUGGACACAUCACAGACUUCACCUCUCAUCAUACUUUUACUAUAGACACUGAAGGUAAAACUAGUUAUGGCCAUGGGCUUUGCUUCUUCCUUGCUCCUUUUGGUUUUGAAAUCCCUCCAAAUUCUGCUAGUGGCUUUCUAGGCUUAUUCAAUACCACAACGAGUCUUUCAUCCAAAAGCCAAAUUGUUCAUGUGGAGUUUGACACUUACCCAAAUUCUGAAUGGGGUGAGACCACACAACAUGUGGGAAUCAACAAUCAUUCUAUUGUUUCAUCAUUGUCUACGUUUUGGAAUGCUAGCCUACAUAGUGGUGAUACCGCAGAUGUGUGGAUUACCUAUAACUCUACCUCAAAGAACUUGAGUGUAUCAUGGAAAUACCAUAAUACACAGAGUUCUCAAGAGAACAAUAGUCUUUCUUAUCCAAUUGAUUUAUCUAACGCAUUGCCUGAAUGGGUUACAAUUGGAUUUUCUGCUGCAACUGGAUCGUUUGGAGAACUUCAUACCCUUCUCUCUUGGGAGUUCAAUUCAACUUUAGACGAUACAGAACAGAACAACAAGAAGACAACUCUCACGGUGAUUCUGAGCAUUGUUUUAGGGAUUAUUGGUUUGAUAGCUGGAGGAGCAAUUAUAGCAUAUGCAUUAUUUCGGAGGAAGAAGAAAAUGAGAAGCAAAAAGGAAGAAGCUGUGAACUUAACAUCAAUGAAUGAUGAUCUUGAAAGAGGGGCAGGACCAAGAAGAUUCUCUCAUAAAGAGCUUGCGAAAGCUACCAAUGAUUUCUCUGAGAACAGGAAAUUGGGUCAAGGUGGGUUUGGAGCUGUUUAUCGUGGUUAUUUUCCUGAUAUAGACUUAACAGUUGCAGUGAAGAAAAUAUCAAGAGGAUCAAGACAAGGAAAAAGAGAGUAUGUAACUGAGGUUAAGAUUAUUAGUCAACUAAGACACAGGAAUCUUGUGCAGCUUAUCGGUUGGUGUCAUGAAAAAGGCGAGUUUCUACUUGUUUAUGAGUUCAUGCCGAAUGGUAGCCUUGAUGCUCAUUUGUCAGGGAAGAAGCCUCCUCUUCCGUGGAGUGUGAGGCACAAGAUAGUUCUAGGGUUGGCCUCAGGAAUGUUGUACCUUCAUGAAGAAUGGGAACAAUGCGUGGUUCACAGAGAUAUCAAGUCAAGCAAUAUAAUGCUAGAUUCCAGUUUCAAUGUAAAACUUGGAGAUUUUGGAUUGGCCAAACUCGUGGACCACGAUCUAGGACCCCAAACAACCGGAUUGGCAGGAACAUUAGGAUAUAUGGCUCCAGAAUAUGUGAGUACAGGUAGGGCCAGUAAGGAAUCAGAUGUUUAUAGUUUUGGAGUAGUUGUUUUGGAAAUAGCCACAGGAAGAAAGGCAAAUGACGUUAUGAAGGAUGGAGAUGCAGAAGUAGGAUUGAUUGAGUGGAUUUGGGAUCAUUAUGGAAGAGGAGAUCUAGCUUUGGCCAUGGAUGAAAAGUUGACGAAGGACCAUGAUGAGAGAGAAGUGGAGUGUUUAAUGAUUGUCGGGUUAUGGUGUGCCCACCCAGAUAAGAAUUUAAGGCCAACUAUUAGGCAAGCAAUUCAGGUGUUAUGCUUUGAGGCUGCCCUGCCAGACCUUCCACUAAAGAAGCCCGUUCCAAUGUAUCAUGUUCCCACACCAAAAGUAGUCUCUGAAGCUGCUUUCUCAAAUACAACUCUGCAAAGUGGUCGUUAACUACAUUCAGGAUGGGUCGAAAUUGUCUUCUUCUUCUUCUUCUUUUUUCUUUGUAAUCACAUGUGUCUGGACAACAAUACAAAUUAUUAUGAUCAUGCAUAUUGGUGAAAGUUAGUGUCUUUAUUUAAGUGACAAACGGUACAAGUUUGAUUCUUGGAU